CAUUUUGAAUACACUGUUUCUGUCUUUGAAGGUUGACGAUGAUCACUGCAUAUUUUUUGUUUGAAUUAAACACGUUUUUUCCUUGACAGUACUUGUAUAAAUAAGAGUGACCUUAUUAAUGGUGCUGCUUUAAUCUUCAUCAGAUCUUGUGUGUGUGUGUGUGUGUGAGAGAGAGAGAGAGAGAGGAGGUCCCAAAAAUGGUGAGAGCACCUUUCAUAGACAAAAAUGGAAUGAAGAAAGGUGCAUGGAGUGCAGAUGAAGAUAAUAAAUUGAGAGCUUAUAUUCUGAGAUAUGGCCAUUGGAAUUGGAGUCAACUUCCCAAGUAUGCCGGUCUGUCAAGAUGUGGGAAGAGUUGCAGGCUCCGAUGGAUGAAUUAUCUGCGGCCUACUGUUAAGCGAGGGAUUUAUAGCAAAGAAGAAGACGAUCUCAUCAUCAAAGUACAAGCCGAACUUGGAAGCAAAUGGUCAGCAAUUGCAGCAAAAUUGCCGGGAAGAACAGACAACGACAUAAAAAACCACUGGCACACCCACCUAAAGAAACGCAUGAAACAAGAGCAGAUGGCAUCUCUAGUGGGACAGCAAUGUAGCGAAAUUUCUGUCCCCGAAACCAACCAGAAUGAGCAAUCAAUUGAAACUUCUGAAAGUGAAGCAAGGCGAAAUAGCGAAUUGACACCAGAACCAUCAUCUUCUAGUGAAUUCUCCACAUUUAGCUGGCCAGCAACAACAGAGUCAUUUGCAGAAGGUAUUGGAAAUUUUUGGACUGAGCCAUUUUUAGCAGACACAUCCUUCAGCCAGAAUGAUAUUCCGUUAUCCAGCUUGGUGGAGGGAGGAUUUAUGUCACCGGAUUUUUUGUGCUAUGAUGAUGACACUGUUUUGUUCUACCAAUUGAUGCAAGAACUUAUGGAAUCUAAUAGAGAUACUUAAACAGCCUACCUAAUGUGUUAAAUUUAUCCUAAUUAAUUGUACUUGGACACUAAGAACAGUAAUCCCUUUUAUU